AUGCCGCAAAAAAGAAAAGCUUCAACUGUCGCUUCAGCAAAGAUUGCUGAGGAUGCCGCUACUAAUGGUAGCGGCUCAAGAAAGCGCAAGUCCGAUGCUUCCAUAAAAGGAAAUAAUAGCAACGGAGAUAACCACGAGCAAGAACAACAACAAACCCCUCCUAAUAACGAUGAAAGUUUUAUUGAGGACUCGACGUCAAAUAAUGUUGAAAAUGUCGUUGACUCGGAAGCCCCUCCGGAUAAGCGUAGAAAGAAGGAUGAAGAUGAAGAAGAAACAGUCGAGUCCCAUCAAAACGGAGCAAAUGGUAAUUCUAAUGGGUGCACCAACCCUGAUACUGCGGUAACGGAUCUCAAACGCGAUGACAUGUCAUUCGUUCUUACCUCUCAGCAGAGUCAGGAUCAAAUGUUGAUUGAUGACUUUACCAAACAAUCUGAUGACGUACCUGUCUCUUCCUCUCAAAACGAAACGACGGAUCCUCAUGCUGAUGAACACGUGACAAGCAGUGGCAAUGAACCUCAUGAAAACAAUGAACAUUUAUCAUCACAAAUGUCCUUUGAAGAAGAAAAGAGAAAAGAGCUUGAAGAUAAGAUGCCAGAAAGUGUCUACGAAAAAGGACAUAUCGUUUUCCUUUACAGGCCGAAGACAGGAGUCGAGCAUCCAGAGAGCGUUGAUGAAGUACAGAGAUUAUAUGUCAUUCUCAUACCACAUUUUGUUCGUCCUUCAUUAAAGGAUGAGCCAAUUUCAAGCUAUGCUUAUCUAAAUUCCCACGAUAGCAAAAAACAACAAGCGGAUGAAGAUAAAUCAAAACUCGGUAAAAUCAGGUCAAUUAUUAUCGGCAAGAAACAGCUUCCUGAAAUCAGCAAACAUGAUCGGUUUUGGGCUUUUGUUGACAAAGUAUUUGAUAACUCGGAUGAUGUUAAAGAAUUUGUUAAUGGUCAGGAAUACUCGUCCGGACAAAAAUCAUGUAGAUUGUUGGGACGCGGAGUCUAUUAUAUGGUUGAACACAAAGGGCAAACACAUUUGGCAUAUGUACUUGAAUUUCCAGAAGAACCAACUAACGUUCAAAAAGAUUUCAAAAUUGUUAAAGAAGGUUCUUACGUAAUAUCCGUUAAGAAUCCUGAAGUAGAGAAUCCUCCUCAGGUUGGUCUUCCCGACUACGAACAGGUUAAAUUUCCCGCUCAUCUAGAGAAACAAUUCCAAGGAAGACGUUUUAUGAGCUUGCCUUCAACCGAAUUCUUGGAUUAUAGAGGUUGUGAAUUUUUACUAAUUGGUGCUAGUAAUGAUAUUGUUGGAGAACUAGGUGAAGAGGUUGGCAAAAAGCUUGAAGAUUUGGCUGAGUUUGAGAUAAAAUCGAUCGAACCAUUUGCAGAAAAGGAUAUCUUUGAUGAACUUCGCCUAGAGCAUGGAACUAUUCCUACAGAACCUGCUUUCCACGAAUUCUUUCAAUGUUACCAUAGUAUUGAAUUAGUAAGACAGAAGUUUGAUGUAAUUGUUCUCUAUAGUAUUGCUAACUUGAACCCAAAAUAG